GUGUUUUCUAAGAUGGCGACGAAAAAAACGCGUCUUUUGUGAAUGUAAUCACAACAAAUUAAAAUUAACGCGAUUAAAUGUGAAAAAAAUUGCAUGAAAAUAGUGAAAAACCAUAAUUAAAAAAGUGCUAAACACUUUGUGUGUGAAAUAGUGUGCAAAAAUUAAGUGAAAAUGGCCACAAAUAUGUAUCGGGUUGGAGAUUAUGUCUAUGUCGAGACAAAUCAGAAUAGCCCAUUUUUAAUACGUCGUAUAGAAGAGUUAAAUAAAAACCAAUCCGGAAAUGUAGAAGCCAAAGUUAUGUGCUUUUACAGAAGGCGCGAUCUGCCGAAUCCACUGGUGCAACUGGCCGAUAAACAUCAGCUGGCGACCGCUGAAGACUCCCCACUGGCUACGAAGCUGAAGAAAACAUGGCUUAGAACACCAGUAGGCGAAGAGCAAGCCGCACAAGCCGUUUUAGAUCCUUCGAUAGCAGCGUUGGAUGAGGGACUGAAUAGUCCUAUACAUCAUGGCCCUGGUGGUGGUGGGGCUAACUCGGAAAAAGGUGAAUCACUUACGGCCAAACAACGCUAUCAGAUCAAACAUCGUGAAUUGUUCUUGUCACGCCAAGUCGAGGCACUGCCCGCCACACAGAUACGUGGCAAAUGUUCGGUUACACUGCUGAACGAGACGGAGUCCCUGCAAAGCUAUCUCAGUAAAGACGACACAUUCUUCUAUUGCUUGGUUUUCGAUCCUAACCAGAAGACGCUACUCGCCGACAAAGGCGAAAUUCGUGUAGGUAGUCGCUAUCAAAGCGAAAUUCCUGCGAAGCUUAAAGAUGUUACGAGUGAUGAGCGUAAGUUAGAGGAUCUCGAAACAUUGGUGUGGACGCCACAGCAUAGCCUAAACGAUCGUAAAAUCGAUCAGUUUUUGGUGGUGUCGCGUUCGAUAGGAACAUUCGCACGCGCUCUAGACUGUAGCAGUUCGGUGAAGCAGCCGUCAUUGCAUAUGUCGGCCGCAGCAGCCAGUCGUGACAUAACACUGUUUCAUGCCAUGGAUACGCUGCAUAAGCACAAAUACUCUAUCGAAGAGGCAAUGUGUUCGUUAGUUCCUUCCACUGGGCCAGUACUCUGCCGUGACGAAAUUGAAGAUUGGAGUGCCUCGGAGGCGAAUUUAUUCGAAGAGGCUUUGGACAAAUAUGGCAAAGAUUUUAAUGACAUUCGACAGGACUUUCUUCCUUGGAAAACUCUUAAACAGAUAAUUGAAUACUAUUACAUGUGGAAGACGACCGACCGUUAUGUGCAACAGAAACGCGUGAAGGCCGUAGAGGCGGAGCUUAAACUGAAACAAGUCUACGUUCCGCAAUAUAAUCAAGUGAAUAAGAGCGGAAGUGGCAGUGUCUCAAUAAAAGGAGGUGCCAAUAUAUAUAACGGUACAACAAAUGGUGGUGCGGAUCUUUCCAACAAUGGCAAACCAUGUGAAUCUUGCUCAACUGUUAAAUCCUCACAGUGGUAUCCAUGGACUGGCAGUGGUCACGGUAACAGUCGUCUUUGUCAAAAUUGUUUUGACUAUUGGAAAAAGUAUGGUGGUUUGAAAAAUGCCGGCAAACACGAAAUCGAUCACGAGCCCAAAAAGAAAGUAGCGCCAGUCGUUGUGGAAGUGAUUGAUACCGAGAAAGUGAGCGAUUUGUCUAAUCGCCAAAUGCACAAAUGCCCUAUGGUUAAUUGUGAUAAAGAAUUCAAAUUAAAAACUCAUUUAGCGCGUCACUUCGAUCAGGCGCAUGGAAUCGCUCUUAUGUCGGGUUCACCACGCCCCAUUAUGAAAACUCGCACCGCCUUCUAUCUGCACACGAACGCAAUGACGCGUCUGGCACGCGUUCUCUGUCGAAACUACAUAAAACCCAAAAAGGCAGCGCGUCAAACGUCGUUUGCGAUUAACACGCAGCUGGUGAAGCAAGAAUUUACAAAUCGAAUAAAUGACAAAACCGCAGCCGAUAUAAAAAAAAUUUUAUUGAUGAAGAGAAAAAAGCGAGAACGUGGCAGUGUUACUAAAAUUGCAAAUCGUUUGGGCUGCCCCGGCAUUGGACCGCAUGAAUGGUUAGUGUUGACACCAAAGGAUAAAAUACCAAAACCGGAUGUGGUCUCAUUUCCCAAACCGCCAAAGGCCGCCGAUGGCAGUUUAUUGUAUGAUCGCGUGCCCAAUAAGGUUUUAGAGCUCGACAAAGAUUUAACCAUUAUACCCGCUCCAGCGCCGGUAGUUACAGCUCCAAUAGCUGCUGCAGUAUUACCUGCGGCAGUACCUGCAAUUUCGCCUGCGACAGUGCCAGUUACAAAGGUGGCAACAGUCAAUGCGGGGACACCAGCACCCAAGGUGGCAGCAGAGCGUUCAAGAGCAGUUAAAGAUUUGCCCCCAGCUGCGGCAUCGAAUAGUAGCGGUGGAUCAGCAGCUGCGCGACGUACUGAUUGUUGGCGCAAGCGUGGUCGUGAUCGAAACGAGGAAGCUGCGGAUGGUAUGCUUUAUCCAGUAUAUCCGCCCACUAAGCGCCCAAAUAAAGAUCCCAUGCCUUCGCAUCGUCCAAGCAAUGAGCAAUUUGCAGCAAUGAUGGCUGCGGCGGGUCAUACCCUAACGAGACAUCAUCUCAACGGCAAACCGAAACUAGCACAAAUGGGACGCACCGGUAAUGGGCGUAAACAGGUUAUAAGUUGGGUAGACGCACCAGAUGAUUAUUAUUUUAGAGCCACGGAUAGCAGCAAAAAAUGGCGCAAAACACUUUCACCUGCCGAUCUUCGACGAGUUGCACGCAAACCUUGGCGAGAACUACCAAUCAAAGCACACCAAAUUGCACAGAUGGCACAUGUUGUAGCGACACCAGCUGUGACGGUGAGCAGACAAAUCGAACCGCAAGUUGUAAUACUCGACUGACCGUCGUCAGUGACAGCAAUAAAAACAAGCACAACAACAACUGGAGUAGUAACAAUAACCGCAGUAACAGCUACUGAAACAGCUACAACAGCAACAACAACGUCAUUAAGCCGCAAUGAGAAAUAUCUGCAGCAGCAGCAGCAGCAACAGCAGCAAAUACAAAAGCAACAGGUACAACUACAACCACAAAGCAAAACAACACCACCACAACGUACCCCACCUCCUUUUCCAUACACGAUGGAUGCGUUGCUAAAUUAAAUAUUUGUGUGAUUUAAGCUUCUAAUCAUACAUGGACCCCUCUAUGCUAUAUCUAUAUAGAUCUAUGUGCGCGUGAGAAAAGGAAGAGCAGAACGGCCAACGUGUAGCUUAUGCACCAAUGUACGCUUGCGUAGGUUGUAUUGGUGAUAGUGUGUGUAUAUAAGGAGAAAGCAAUCGAAAUGAUCGACUAAUGAUACGGCGAAAAUAGUCUGAUUGGUGAGAAAGUAGUUGACAACGUCGACAAGAAAGUUAUGGACAACGAUACAGUUACAUACAUAUUUAUAACAUUAAUAGUGUGUAAUUAAAACUAUAAAAUGAAAAUGCAAAACAAAAAAAUAUAUUUAGAAAAUUAUCACAUAAGCUAAAUCAUCAGAACAUAUAUAUUUAUGCAUGACAUGCAUGUAUUGAAUAUGUGUUGAUACGUUACAUAUGUGUAUACAGAAUGUGGCUAAAUCUCAGUAAAAAAUUAAAACCUUAACUACACUACAAUUGUAGGUAUAAAAUUAUUUAGGAAAAAAAAAAUGUUUCCAUAAAACUCAAAACUUUAUUUUGAUGAUUCCAACUUCAAAUAUUUUUUGUCAAUAUAUUAAUUGCCUAUGUUGUCAUUUGCCUUCUCAUAUGUUGCUGCUUCAAAUAGUCUGUAUUCUCAAACGUAUGCCUUUGAUUUCCAUCUGCUUUUAGUUUAAGUACUUUGUUUUGCAUGAAGUAAAAACUCCUUCGCAAGUUUUGUUUCACUCAUUCUACUUAGUUCAAUAAGUGUUCAAUGUUCAUUUCAUGUUAUGCUAUAGAGCUUACUGUAUAACUGCGAACUGUGAAACUACAAGUGUCACGGAAAAAUUUUAAUUUUUUAAUUAAAAAAAAAAAUUUAAAGAAAUAAUAGGAAAUGGUGAAUUGUUUUCCACUGCUUAAACUUAUGUCAUAGAUUAUAUGUACCAUUCGGUAAUUAUAAAAACAUAAACAAAACAAAAAAUUUUAAUUUUAUCUCAUAUACAUAAAUAUGUCAAAAAUUACCAUAGUUUCGAUAAUUCGCAUAAAAUGUAUGUCAAUUAAAUAUUCUCAACAAUUUGCUUAUGUGUCCGGUAGUCUUCGUAUCACACAUCGUGCUGUAUAAGCUUAACUGCUCGCAAUAUCUAGUUACAGACAGUUUUCAAGCUCUAAUUGUUGUGUACAUUUUCAUACGUAGCAGGCAAACAUGUUGAAACACAUCCUUAUUUUAAAUUCGAUUUUAUUUUGGCCAUGUUGUAUUUGACAUUCUAAUUAAAUUUUGACUUUUUGCUUUUAUGUGAUUUUUGUGUUGUAAAAAGCGCUGAACUGAAUGAAGUUUAUUUACAUCGAUACAGUAAUACACAGAGCCAAAACACGAAAAAAUAACUAAAAGUAAUAUAUUUACGCCACUCCAUCACACAACCUAACUAUUUAAUGCGAUUGACCGAAAAUACGUACUUUAAGGCGACUUAACCAAUUCAAUAUACUGCUAAAUCAGAGGCGGUUAAAUGCCUUAAGCCUCAAAAUUGUUAAUUACACUUUUUGGAAACAAAAAAAUCUAAAUAUAACUAAAAAUGUUAAAAAUUAUAAAAACAAAUCGCAUAAAAAACUCAAACUAAACACAUGAAACUAAAAUACGAAGCAGAGUAAACCACUGUUUCGGAAAAGUAAAAUAUUUUUUUCUUCCACGAUAUCUCACAAGGUUGAGACGUUUUUGUUUGCUUAGGCUUCAACACGAACUUCAUAUUUGCAAAAAGCUUAAGUAGAAAAGAGCAUUUCAAGGAGCGGCAUUGCAAAUUUCAUUUAGAAUUUUAUACAACAAAAAUAAUAUGAAUAUGAAAAAAUUAAAAAUCUAAAAAUAAAAUUAUAUAUAUACAUAUUUAUGUAGUCGUAUUUGUAAUUCGUAGUUUGCAUAUACAUAUAUGCAUAAUAUAUGUAAAUAUAUAUAUAUAACAUAUAUAUUUUACUAUAAAAAUUUACUUUACAAUAAAAUUAACAAGAACAGUUAAGCGCAAAUGUUGCGCUAAGGAAUGAUGUGAAGAAACGCCGAAAAAAUUUUAGUGUAGUUCGAAACUUAAAGUAAUAUAUAUUUCUAAGUGUAAGCAUUUUUUAAUGAAUUAAUUAACGGUUUAAUUAUUAUAAUAAUAAUAAAAGUAAUAAUAUAUAUAUAUUAUGUCAUUAAGCGUGUAAAAGAUUUAAUUGAUUUAUUGGAAAAUUGCAGAGAAACCCCCAAUAAAUUGUAAUCAUAGGGCAGUGAAGGCAGCAAUAGCCAUACAUAUAUUUGAGAUUGUGCUGGGAAAUCGCCUCUUCAAAUUCAUAUGUACAUGUAUGUAUGUAUAUUAGGGCUCUUAAACUUAUUCGAAUAACCUGAAGACCGAUUAUUCGAGUAUCCCGCUUGUAACCGUUCGUAUGAGUAAUAGCCGAUUACUCGCAAUGUUGCGACUAUUCGAAUAGUUGCUCCUCUGCCAGUAUUUGAAUAAAUGACAAUUGUUUGAAAUCUAAGCAGCCUUUGAUUUUUCCUAGUUUUAAAUUCGUGAAAAUGUCAUUGUGUGCGUGGAAAAAAUUUGUAGCAGUUGAACCCUUCUAUUCGAAUAGUCGAAAAUCGAAUAUUAUUAUUCGAAUAAUGUCCUAUCCGGUUAGUCGAUUAGUCGAAUACCAAGAGCUCUAAUGUACAUAUAUAUAACAAACAAAAAUAACGGUAUAUACAAAUAUGUUUAUAUUUCGUCCUAUAUCAGAGACUUCGUUGAUAAAAAUGUUUUUAUUUGCAUGGCGUUCUAUUACGGCUAAUACAUAUACAGUGGGAUUAAAGCUAGGCACAAUCUUUUCGAUUUAGAUUUUAUGUAAUGAAAUUUAAUUUCUUUGCACUUAUUCAUCCAUCUUAUGUCAAAAAACGAAAAGAAAACAUCAUACAUCAAAAGCAACAGUCGGGCUUUCAUAACCGAAAUUGAUAACGGUUUAAGGUUAAAUUCAGUCUAGGAAUAAUAGUAUUCCUUAACACUACUUGUGUAUUAGUGAACACUUUGUUUUAGCGUACUAAACAAUAAUUUGUUAUGAAAAUAUGAUUACUGAAAGGAACAUCCAUUUAAAAGUCAAUAAUCUCCAAUUAUUAUUACUAGCUGCCGUUCAAUUAUUUGAGUGCAAAACUACACGAUUGCAAGAAAUAUUUGUGCAUUUGAGUUAAAUAUUGGGUUUUGCUGUUUGGUUUUGUACAAUCAAAUAAGAUUAAGAAGUUAUCUCUCUUUUAUUAGCAAAUAAUAUUACAAUAUAUGUAUAUUAUUUUUACUACUAAGUCAAUAACGUGAUUAUUUGACUUGAUAUUUAUUACUUUGCGAGUAUUUUUAGAACCAUUUCGACUUCAAUAACGGGUAGUGCAAUAGCUCAAUAGAUCUAUAUCUUUUUGAUAAUGGGUCUUGGAAAAUUCCUGUGUAAAAGAUAAGCCAACGCAAUGAAGUGAUGUUGUUGUAGUGGGAAUUCAUAUUAAGAUAUAAUAAUAUUAGCCAAGACAUGAAAGUUAUGCAGUUUUGAGUUUAAGUUAUAUAGUGAUCACAAUGGCAGUAAUCAUAAAAGAAUGUCCACACCUACAUAUGUACAUACAUAUAUUUAGUUAUGCAAAAAAUCUAUUUUAGAUCGUUACUUUUGCUAAUUUUUAGGUACCACAGCAUUCGACAACAUUAAAAAAAUACGUAAAUUUAUAAUUUUUGGCAUUUGUUAUACAUUUGAUGAGCUGUGCGACAUUGCCGACACAUAAUUAUGUAUGUACAUAAGUAUACAAACAUGCAUCUGUAAUUACACACUAUUGUUACAAUAGACUGCAGAAAACAUCCCACUUAGAACUACAACACUCGCUGUUGAUUAAAAAAUACAAGAUAAUUACAUUUUAAUACAAUAAUAUAGGAAUCUAUGUAUGUAUGUAUGUUUUUGGUAGGUUUUUAUUCCUUUUGCUGAAAAACUCAAACUAUGUAAUACACAGUCAUAAACAAGCAGAAGAAAAGCCUAUUAUGCAUAAGUAUAAAAGCAUUUUCUCAAAUUGGCACACAUGAAUCGAUUACUUCAACUAGUUAAGCUAAGAUAAAAUGAGUAAACACAAACAAUUGAAGUACCCAGAAACAAGUUUAAAAGUAAUAAUUAUUAUAAUUUAAGUAAAAGGAAGAAAAUUGCAGAACGACGUAAAAUAAAUAAUAUAUAUAUAUGAAAUAUA